CCUAUUAUUCACAUUUCAUACACUAUUACUUGUUUGUUCUUACGCAAGAAUGAAACCUCUGUUUCAUUCAUCUUCUUUUUGCUUUUUCUCUUUGUCACUUUUGAUGAUCUUGAUCAUAAAUAUUCCAACAUGUCUGUGUGAGGAUGAUGGAUAUUACAAAAACUGUAACACGGCUUUUAUCUGCGGAGACAACAAACAAGACCUCAGGUAUCCGUUUUGGGGAGGAACCAGAGAAAGUUAUUGUGGUGGUGUUGCUGAUGAUAUUAAUACGAUGCUUACAUGCGAAGAAAAAGUUUCAAAGAUCACAAUCAAUAACCUUAAAUACCGUAUUCUUGAUUGGGACAAUACAACACAGAAACUCACUGUUGCUAGGGACGAUUACUGGAGUGGUAAUGUUUGUGAUGUGAAUACUAAUAUCGAGAACAGCACAUUUGAUAACACUCAAUUUCAACGUUACAGUGAUGAUGUUGCUAACGUAACUCUCUUAUAUGGUUGCAAUGUUGGAGCUGUAAGUUUACUGACUCCGUUUUAUGAUAUUGGCUGUGGCGGAAGUGAAUAUGUUAUCUACACCAUUGUUUAUUCUGCUUCAUUGUCUUCCUUCUGCACUCCGACUCGUAAGGUCGUAAUUCCGAUUUUUGGAACUCAAGCUGCACAACUGGGAUCUGGCAACGGAACACUGAGCGAGGCAUUAAAAGAUGGUUUUGAGUUGAAAUGGAUUGGAAAUUACACGGAGUGCCAGAGUUGUGUUACUUAUGGUGGAGCGUGUGGGAAUGAUGGAGGUAAUCAAUUCAGAUGUUUCUGCAAUGAUGGAACUCAUGCAACUUCAUGCCAUUCACCAUCGGUCCCAUCCACGACCACAAGUUCAAAACUUAACUGGAGGCCUAUUGUGAUAGGUGCUGCAGGAUUUGUAGUAAUAGUAUUCUUUAUAAUUAUUAUGAUUAGAUGUCACCUUAAAAGGGGUAUUGGUAGACAACAAAAGAGUAUUUUCGAGAACAAAAGAGAGCUUGUUGAGCACAAUGUGGACGUUUAUAUGCAAAAUUAUAAUUUAUCCAUGCCAAGAAGAUAUAGUUAUACAGAAGUAAAAUGGAUCACAAGCUCAUUUCGGGAGAAAUUAGGCCAAGGAGGAUAUGGUGUUGUGUACAAAGCAAGUUUAAACGAUGGUCGUCAAGUGGCGGUGAAACUUAUAAACGAAUCAAAGGGAAAUGGAGAAGAAUUCGUAAACGAAGUUGCUAGCAUUAGUAGAACAUCACACAUGAACAUUGUGUCACUUUUAGGUUUUUGUUAUGAAGGGAACAAAAGAGCACUAAUAUAUGAGUUCAUGCCCAAAGGUUCAUUGGAUAGGUUCAUCUAUAAAAGUGAAUUUCCUAAUGCUAUUUGUGACUUUGAUUGGAACACUCUAUUCCAAAUUGCAAUAGGCAUUGCUAGAGGACUAGAUUACUUGCAUCAAGGAUGCAAUUCAAGGAUUUUACAUCUUGAUAUCAAACCCCAAAACGUUCUUUUGGAUGAAGAUUUUUGUCCAAAAAUAUCUGAUUUUGGUUUGGCUAAAAUAUGCCAAAGGAAGGAUAGUAUCGUGUCAAAACUAGGGGUAAGAGGAACUAUAGGAUAUAUGGCACCUGAAAUAUUCAGUAGAGCAUUUGGUGGAGUUUCUUACAAGUCUGAUGUGUACAGUUAUGGCAUGCUGAUUCUUGAGAUGAUCGGAGGAAGAAAGAACUAUGACACCAGAGGGUCAUGUACUUCUGAAAUGUACUUUCCUGAUUGGAUUUAUAAAGAUCUUGAGCAAGGUAAUACCAGCAAUACUCUUUUAAAUAGUUUGACAAUAUCAGAGGAAGAAAAUGAUAUGGUUAGAAAGAUUACUUUGGUGAGUCUAUGGUGCAUUCAAACGAAUCCAUCAGACAGACCACCCAUGAAUAAAGUAAUAGAAAUGCUACAAGGACCACUUUCAUCAGUGCCAUAUCCUCCAAAGCCGGUCUUGUUUUCUCCAGAAAGGCCAGCACUACCCGUAGAAUGUAUAUCCUCAUCCGAUUUCAAUGAAACAAGUUCGAUUACGGUUUCAAAUUAAUUGUUCUAUCUAUGAAUCAAAUGAUUAGCGGCAAGACUGCCAAAAUGGAACAAUUAGCUUGUGUAACUGUUUCUGGCAUACAGUUUUGGUAUGAAUUAGUUGAAACUCAUAAUCAAUUUCAUAUAAUUGUAGUGAUUGGAGUGGCUAAAUUACUAGCACUAAACUAUUGACAUAGUUUUUUUGUAUUCAUAUACAAAUCUUUUUAUUUC